AUGCGGCGGCAAGAAAGAGGUGGUAUUGAAGAGAGGAGCAUGGGACGAGGAAGAAGACAAAGUACUGACGCCUACAUCGGUUGCUGGAGCUCCUUGCCUCAGAAAGCUGGACUUCAACGAUGGGGGAAGAGCUGUCGAUUGAGAUGGAUUAACUACUUAAGCCCAGAUAUCAAAGGAAGAAAGUUUAGUUUACAGGAAGAACAAACUAUAAUUCAACUCCAUACCCUUCUUGGAAACAGGUGGUCAGCUAUGGCGGCACACUUGCCAAAGAGAACGGACAAUGAGAUCAAGAACCAUUGGAACACACAUCUCAAGAAAAGGCUAAUCAGAAUGGGCAUUAAUCCCAUGACUCACCGAACUCGUACAGAUGCCUAGUGUGGUCGAGACAAAAACGGUUCGAAUCUAAGCCACAUGGCUCAAUGGGAUAUUGCUCGUCUCGAGGC